GGAAGCUCGCCUUACAACUCCGCGCCGCCCCCCGCGCCGCCCGCCCCACAACAAAACUCGGCGCGGCGCUCUCGGGAGCCCGGCUCGGAGCGACCGGCGGUCGGGACCGGAGGGGAGACGGACCAGGGCGCGGGCCGGACCAGCAAGCCCGGACGGCAGCGGCAGCCGCGCGUGCCCGGGGCGCCACGCGAAGCGGGCCGAGAGGCGGGUCUCAGCCCAGAGGGCACCUUCUGCAAACAUGUCUGUGGAUCCCUUAUCCAGCAAAGCCCUGAAGAUCAAGCGUGAGCUGAGCGAGAACACGCCGCACCUGUCGGACGAGGCGCUCAUGGGGCUGUCGGUGCGCGAGCUGAACCGGCACCUGCGCGGGCUCUCCGCCGAGGAGGUGACGCGGCUCAAGCAGCGACGCCGCACGCUCAAGAACCGCGGCUACGCGGCCAGCUGCCGUGUGAAGCGCGUGUGCCAGAAGGAGGAGCUGCAGAAGCAGAAGUCGGAGCUGGAGCGCGAGGUGGACAAGCUGGCGCGCGAGAACGCAGCCAUGCGCCUGGAGCUCGACGCGCUGCGCGGCAAGUGCGAGGCGCUGCAGGGCUUCGCGCGCUCCGUGGCCGCUCGCGGGCCCGCCGCCCUCGUGGCGCCCGCCAGCGUCAUCACCAUCGUCAAGUCGGCCCCGGGGUCCGGGGCCGGGGCCGGGUCGGGCCCCGCCGCCGCCCCCGCCGCUGCCCCCGGCCCCACCGCCUGCUCCUAGUGCCCGCCCCGGCCCCACCCCCUGCCAAGCCACGCCCCUCCGACCCCCGCUUCCUUCCCAAAGUGCCUAAGCGUGGUCUCUGUCCCCAGGUGCCAUUUUCUCUGCAGCCACCAGCCCCCCCCCCCCCCCCGUGGCGAACACAUGAUCCCUCCCGAGCCUGCUGUCUUCCUCGUUGUGGUCCCUAUAACUGGGUCCUAAUAGGUGGCCCUGGGGUGGGACAACUUUGGUGAGAAUGGUAGGGUGGUGUUGGAGUCUGGGGUCUCUCUGGGGUCUCUCUUGGCUGAAAGUCCAGCCUUCUUAGACUGGGAGGAUGGGAUACAGAGCGGAUUAGAGAAGGGCUGUCCCGGAGAAGAGGGCCACCCCUCAUUUUGUAAAGCAUUUGCUCAGAUCAUACCCUAGCCCCUCCGCACCCUCCCAGGACUCAGGACUAGGUUUGGCUCCUAUAUGUGUCUCCUGGGGCUGGGAAGCUGAUGCUCCCGCCUCUGGUCUGGGCCUCGGGGUGCCUGGCCUUCCAAAGCUGGGAGAAUCAUCAGACAUCACCCAGUGAAGGCCAGUUAACAGGGAAACAGGCCUCCAGCAGACAGGCCAGUGCUCAAGGCCAUCUGUGCUUCGUGGCUGAGCUGGAAAAAAGCCAGGUCUUCCCACUGCUGCCCUGAGAUUCCAGCCAGGGUACCAGCCGCGGUUGUCAGGGGCAUUGUGGCCACAGACUGGAAAGGAUGAUGGAAGGGCCUCCCUGGCCUGGGAGCCGCCACUGUGAGUUAGGGGAAGAGAAGUAGAGGGCCCGAGAAAGUGAUACGGAUGGAAGAGAUGGAAGGAGCUGGCCAGCCAAAGAGAAAGGGGACCAAGGAGGCGACCAUCGACUGUGGUGGGUAGGAAGAUGAGAAGACAGAUCCUGAGGUCUUGCAGCCAGGGGUGGGGGUCCUGAGAAGGACCACUGUACUGUGGCUUGGGGGCUGGCCGCUGCCAUUGACUGCCAUUCCCCUGGGGAGCCCAGGCCCCAACCCUCCCCGCCCCCCCCCCCCCGUAUACAGCUGUUUAUUUAUUGCACGAAUCUAAGUUAUUCUCCCCAGCCAGAAACCUAGCACCCACUCCCUGGGAACAGUGGUGUGUGGCCCUGUGCUGGACUUUGUAUUUUCUAUCUGCAAAUCACAUUUUAUCUUAUAUUUAGGGAAAGCCGAAUGGCAACAAGCAAAAAAAAAAAUGUUUUAAAAAAAAAUUUGCCCGGCCCCCAGAAUUUAUUUAUUUUCUGACUUACAGUAAGCGAGUUAUCCGCCUUCUGUAUUUUGUAGACUUUCUGAAUAAAGUCAAGUUCUCUUUUUCCACAGUGAA